AUGCCCAUAUUUCCAAUCUCCGGCAGCUCGGCGUCAAAAACCACCACAGCGACGUCUACAAGCUCCAGAAGCUCCACCAACGUCACCACCGCAAAGAAUCCGUAUCAUCAGAAUAGCCAACGUCACCACCAUACGCCCGCCAAGCAGCAACAAUCGGCGCCGGGAGGUCUCAGCUAUCGAUCGGCGAAUCAUCAAAACGCGCGGACCACGAAUACGAUAGGCAAAUAUGGACACAACGGCUAUAAGCAACGGGUGAGGGAGGAAAAGUACAAACCAUCAUUAAGAUGUGUACUUUUAUGA